AUGUCACAACCAACCCUCUUAGUCGGCAUAUCCGGGCCCUCCUCGUCAGGAAAAACCACGCUCUCCCGCCUGCUCCGCGACAUCUUCCCACCCAAACAACUCACGAUCCUGCACCUGGACGACUUCUACCUGACCGACGCCGAGAUUCCCGUCAAGGACGGCGUGCAAGACUGGGACUGUCUCGAGUCGCUCGACCUCGCUGGCCUGAGGUCAGCGCUGCAACACAUCAGAGAGCACGGACGGAGUCCGGACUGGCUGGUCAGCAAGGAGGAUCAGAACAGUGUGGGCGAGCACGGCGUGUCUGAGCGCCUGAUUGAGGAGCUGAGAGGGCAGGUCGAGGCGUUGGUGAGUGCUCAUCCGGACUGGCGGGAGCGCCGGAUCUGCAUCGUCGAUGGGUUCUUGUUGUUCAGCGAGGAUAUGAGGGACGUGCGGGAGCUGUUCGACGUGCGACUCUUUCUACGCACAAGCUAUCAGACGGCGAAGAAGAGGCGAGAAGCGAGGAGUGGCUAUGUCACGCUCGAGGGAUUCUGGGAGGAUCCGCCGGGCUAUGUGGAUGAGAUCGUGUGGCCAAACUAUGUCAAAGACCACAAGUUCUUGUUCGAGGGUGGAGAUGUGGAUGCGGAGUUGGAUGAACAGGUUUGCAAAAGGACGCACAUCCAUGGUAUGCCGCGGGAAGCGGAGGGAGAUAUGGGAGUGUGCUUGGAAUGGGCUGUCAAGGUGUUGGAAGGUGUAAUCAAGGGGCAAUGA